UUUUUAUAAUUUAAAAUUUUGUAAGAUUCGAAUCAUUUUGAAUCGCCGACUAACGGUCGAAAGAGUAUGUUGUUGUCAUCGUUGGUAAUUUAUUCUUCGUUUACCGGAAGUUACUUAAAAGGCCGGUUAGAUCCGUGGUUGUAAAGGGGCUACGUGAACAAAUGUAUUAGGCAAUUUAUUUCGCUGUAUUGCGUCAUGUUUGCGCGCUAUUAAUGCAACCGGUGCCCGCAAUAUCGCCGUGACAACUGUGGAACUCCGCCAUUUUGACCUUACCGAAGGAUAUCUGCUAUCUGCUUGGUUGUGUGCGUGCACACGCGUUUCAACACGCGCUACCGUGUGGACGCAAUCCUUCACCAAUUCCAAGCUAGCUAUUUCGUCAGAUUCUCGUUCAUUCAAUAAAUGUGGAUAGAGAACACUCACUAGUACCAGUUACAGGACUCCGCACCUGCCGCUACGAUGUUUACUUGAUAUUUAAACAAUUUGAGUGAUCGAAAAUAAGUAGUGGAUUGCUGUAGAUCUUCCAGUUGAAAUGAUAAGUUAGAAUCGCGCUCUUAGCUGGACUAUCUUUUGAGGAACCAACUAGGGGGCGAAACUUAUACAUAAAAGUGACCGACUUGUCACCUACAAAGAUCUCCGUCCAAGGACCCAGCGGUAGCAUCAAGCAACACUGCGUGGGCCCUCGCACAAGUGAUAUUCUUACCUAUGAUUAAUUAUCAACUAUACACGAAUUUAUACCGGUAGAGCUUAUAAGCAUCAAGAAAUCCGUUAAAGAUCGAUAACUGUCGCAGCUGCCGUGUGGUAAUCUUGUGACGUGAAGUGUGUUCAAAGAUUUUUCUCCUUUAACGAUCCACCGACAAUAAUAAGGAUUACAAAACUGUUUUCAAACUCGAAAGUGAGGACACGUGUUGUAUUACACAAUUAAAACAUAACUUUAUUGAAGAAGUACAAGGAGGCAGUAGUGUCGCGAGUGCGGUAAACGGUGCGUGUGUGAAAGCAUCACAAUAUGAGAGUGACAGCCGCCGUUAGGCAGCAUCCUCUUCAUCUGCAAGUGACUCGUACCAACAAUGGAAAGUUUUUGGUCAGUCCGAACAGUAGUCAGGAUAUUAGUCAACAACCGACGAGCGACGAAACGAACUCGGUGCCGGCAGUUGUCUUCCCUAGUUAUGAACCGUUGCCCACCGAUCAUCAUGGACCCACCAUACUUGGCGAUCGGUAUCUGCUUCUUGGUCCGGCCGAGGGGAGCGCUUUAUACCGGUGUGUUGACGUUCACACCGGCAAACAAAUCGUCGCAAAGGCGUUGACCGUGGGCGACAAAGGUUGCGAGGCACUACUACAGGCUCACCUUCGAUUAGAAGGUACCGGGGCAGCAAGCGGUGUCGCGGGCGUGGUGGAAGCACCUGGAGGUCGACGCUAUCUGUUACUGGAGGGUCACCACGGUGAUCUGCACGCCUAUGUUAGGGCACGCAGGAGGCUGCGGGAACCGGAGGCGAGGCGGCUUUUCCGGCAAGCGGCCAGGGCCGUGGCUACGUGUCACGAGUACGGGGUUGUGCUAAGAGAUCUGAAACUCAGGAAGUUCGUUUUCGCUGACGAAGCAAGGACACGGCUACGUCUGGAGAGUCUGGAAGACGCCGUAAUAGUAGAAGGGGAUGACGACAAGUUAACCGAUCGAAGAGGUUGUCCAGCGUACGUGGCGCCAGAAGUUUUGCGUUCGGGAAGAGCCUAUUCCGGCAAAGCAGCCGAUAUCUGGUCUUUAGGCGUUCUUCUCUACACUAUGCUGGUCGGUCGUUAUCCAUUCAACGACGCCGAGCACGCGUCGCUGUUUGCCAAGAUCUCACGUGGUCACUUUGCGGUCCCAGAGGGUCUUAGCCCACGCGCAAGAUGUCUGAUACGUUCAUUGCUGAGAAAGGAACCGUCCGAAAGACCGUAUGCUGAGGACGUGCCAAGACACCCGUGGCUCUCGAAACCACUGCGGGUGUGCACAGUAUCCAGCAGCAGCAGAUCCUCUUGUCAGGAUCAAAUUGUACCAGAGCUACCUAACAAUCCUCAAGACUGACUUUUCCAGGAGAAGAUAUAUUCCGCGCGCGAUGAGCCCAGUUUCACAUGUUAAUCCUCUAUUUGGACAGGGGGACACUUUUUGCCCGGGAUUUAAUAUGGUUUUUCUCUAUUUUGCAUUGUGGUGCACAGCAAGAGUCUUUAGAAAAAUAUACGUCAUAAUGUGCGAAAUGUCAGAGUGAAAUAAGUUGAAAGAUUCUUUCUCACUUUUAUGUAUUAAUAGUUAAGUCUGGAUUCUUAGACUCUCAAUAUUUCCCUGCGUCAGAAAAAUUAUGAAUUUCCAGAUUUUCAGACUACAAAAUUUAUCAAAUCCCACAAAGGCCUAAUAUGGUGUGAGCUUUCACUGUAACACAUCUAUCUUUUUGUUCAUUAAUAUAAAUAAUGAAAUGUUAUUUCCAACUUAUUUCACAAUGGAGAAUUUGCAAUUUAUAUCAUGUUCAUAAUGUCUUAUAGGUUAUGGAACCUAUAACAUGGGCUAAUAAUAUUUAUCAGAAGCAUACUUUUCAUUGUAAAAGUGUCUGUAAUCAAGCAUACUUAAAAAUUUGUUGUCAUUGACAAUCUGUGUCAUAGGAUGCAGAUUAUACUACAUAUUUCAUAACUGAUUGGGCUACAGAAAUUUUUGUUAACUAUUGUAUAUACUUCUGUAUGCAGGCUGUGCAUAAAAGCCAUGUUACCUAAUGAAGGAACACCAAAUAAAGGAUUAAAUAUUAACUGCUGCAUCAAGGGAUCACCUAUGAUUCCGUAUCUUUCUUUUCUUUCGUUUCAUCGACACAACGAAAGGAAAAUGGCUUAGGAUAUAAGAAAUCGUUGUGUUUGCUUUUUCGUUGAAGUAUGUUAGGGAAGGUCUAAUGGUAUGAUCGUUAUUUGAAUAUUUUGUUGGUAAAGACCUACGGGUUAUUUGUUUUGAAAAACAUGUGUUAUGAAAAGAAAAUUUAUUUAAUCUUUGCGGUAGACGCCUGGGUCCACUCGGGCCCCGUAUAGUCCAUUGGUAUUAGCAUUUCGAAUUGAACUUUUAUUGUUGUAUUUUUUCUUACUUCUAUCAAAAACUCUGUAUUGCUGAUAUUUCUUUAUUUUUUGGCCCAUAGCUUCUGUUGCAUUUAUAAUUUGUUCUUUUCACUCAAAUAUUAUUAGAAAAAAUAUAUAUAAAUAAAUGAGAAAAAAUUAAAAAUACAGAUAUUUUUGAGUGAAUCAAGUACCUUUUUCUUCUCUUUCCAAAGAUACACUACAUAUUGUCAAGAAAUAUAAAUCUGUAUCAAAGACCACUGAUCUUUUGUAUCUGGGACCAUAUAGACCCAGGCGUAGUACAGUGAGAAUUUACAGAAAUUCUUCAUAUUUUGUUAGCAAAGUAUAUUUACUCUAAUGUGUUGUACUUAUAUGUCUUUGCUUUUAGACUGGGGUCAGACAACUGUUUAAAACAUCUGUUACAACAUCAUUUUAGCUCAUUGAUUACUAAAUGUCUGUUCUAUAAAUUUGAAUUUAGCAAAUUAUACAUAGCUAUAAAAGAAAAAAAUAUUUUGUGCUACAAUUGAAAAUAUUGGAAAUGGUAAUAAUUUGGUUAAAUGCUUGUAUGGGCCCCAGCCUUAAACAUAGUGUAUGAGCCACUUAAAUUGUAAACAGUUUGAAGGUUUAUUUUCUAAAUUGAAGAAAUACAUGUUUGCCUUGGAAUCAAAAAUAUACAUAUAUGUAUAUAUUGAAAUAUUGAAAUGCGUCAGAAUGCUAUUUAUUUAAUUUAGAAUAUAAAAAUUAUAUUCAUAAACAUGAAACAAACCUAUGAGCAUUUUAUGAAUAAGCAAGUAUCUCAUAUUUAAUAUUAGUUUCCUAUCAAGGAUUAUUUUUGUAUAGUUUUCUUUUACAAAAAAUCGAACUAUUGAAAGUCAAUAUCAACAAAACAUAAUUAACGAUUAAACCCUUGGUCUUUGCUGAUUUGCUUGGUGUAUUCAAGCGUUGUAUUUGUUAUCAAUACAAAUUGUUUUUUAUUUCUGCGAAAAUAAAAUUAAAUGCAAAAUUACAGAAUGUGUGUGUUGAAUGCGUGUGCAAGAGACUCUUUUCCUUUAUAUUUUUUAAUGUAAUUUUCUGUGCAUAAAUGUGUUUAGCUCGGUGCACAAUUCCUCUUAUCGUUUGAGUCAGGGUACAAUAGUGACAAUGUUUCAUUGUUGCUAAAAUGUAUAUAAAGACAGUUAACUAAAUUCUACUAAAUCCUAAUAAACAUUAAUUAGGAGUAUUAAUAAAAAGUUCUGUACAUAGGCAAAUAAAGUGGCGUUUAUGAUAAAUUAA